CUUUCCGUGAUACCUGUGUUACCGUGCUUCAGAUAAGGUUAUGAGAUACGCUCUCGGCUUUUGUUUGUGGCGCCCCUGAUUGUUUGCCUGCACAAAUUCCCGCUUUCCCGCGCAACAAGUACCCCACAUAGACGUUGACGCAUACAUUGCUUAUAACCAAGGAUGUGUUAGGUCGAGUCCAGUAAGAACCUGUGAGCUCCAACACCUAGCAGCGAUGCGGUCCGGAGUUCGCCUGCGGCCCCGCACGCCGGGCGCAGGCGGGCCGCGGCCGUCCGUGCACACUCUAAUAUUGGUCAUUGGACUGGGCUUCGCGGUGGCCGUGAUGCUGUACUCCCUGCAUUACGUGCACCGGAGCGACGCCACGCUACAGCCCCGGCGGCUGGGAGAGGCAGGCAGCGCAAUCGUUCUAGGUGGCGGCCACGUGGAGGACACCACCAGUACGGGCUCGGAGUCCGGCGGCAGUAGCAGCGGCACUGGCACCGGCAGUAGCAGCGGCGGCACUGCCAUAGCAGGCGAGGGCAGCGCCGGUGGCAGUAGCGCAGGCGGCAGUGGCGCCGGCGAGGACGGCAGUAGCAGCGCGGAUGUGUGUCACGUGGACCCAAACAACGAGUACCACGGGGAUGUGGUCACCUGGGGCGACAAGAACAUGCAGGCCUCCCCGGAGGAGUGCUGCCAGUCCUGCACCUCCACGCCCGGCUGCAACAUCUGGGUCUACUGCGGCGCGGAGGGGGGGUGCGGCUUCGGCUCGCCUCGCCCCAAGGGCGAGUGCUGGCUAAAGAAGAACUCGCUGAGUUAUGUGAUGGAAAACUUCGGCCAGGGCCACAGCGCCAUCGCCUGGACGGCGGGCGCGGUGUACAGCCAGACCGAGUACCGGCAGUACCUGGUGCAGCGCGAGGAGGAGGCCAAGGCCGAGAAGGAGCGGCUGAUGAAGCUGCGGGAGAACCCCGAGCUGCCGCUGGUGUGGAUUGACGUGGCGCUCAACGGCACGAAACUGGGCCGCGUGGAGUACGUGCUGUUCGUGAAGGAGGCGCCGCGCGCCGCCGAGAACUUCCGACAGUUGUGCAGCGGCGAGAAGGGCCAGGACGCGAGCGGCAGGCGGUACCACCUCAAGGGGGCUUACUACUAUCGCAUCAUUGACCGCUUCAUCGACCAGACGGGCGCCGACGCCGACGGCAUCUACAACGGCGAGUUCCACGACGACCCCGGCGGCCUGGCACUCAAGCACACACACAAGGGGCUGCUGUCAAUGGCGAACGGCGGCCCCAACACCAACGGCGGGCACUUCUCCACCAUCAUGGGUCCGGCCCACCAUCUGGACGGUAGCUACACCAUCUUUGGCGAGGUGGUGUCGGGGCUGGAGCACCUGGAGCUGGUCAACGCGCUGUCAAAGGGGCAGCGCAACAAUGAGCUGCUGCAGAGCCAGAUGGCGCAGAUUGUGGAUGCGGGCCAGACGCGGGCCGGCACCUACGUGUCCACUCCCGAGUACCAGGCGGUGAUCUCCUCCGAGUACGCGCGCAUCGAGUGGCGCAACAACCAGUCGCCCGUGGAGCUUGCGCGGCUGCGUAAGCUGUACCUGGACCAGAGCCUGCCACUGGUGUACCUGGACGUGGCGAUCAAGGGCACCUACAUCGGCCGCAUGGAGUUCGUGUUGUUCGCCAAGCAGUCGCCGCGCGCCGCCGAGAGCUUCCGGCUGAUGUGCACGGGCGAGGCGGGCGUGGCGCCGGAGGGGCACGAGGGCGCCGGCAAGCCCUACCACUUCAAGGGCAUUUACUUUUACCGCAUCAUCGAGGGCUUCAUCGACCAGGCCGGCCAGCACACCGACUCGCCGCUGGGUGGCUUGUUCCUGGACGACCCCGAUGGACUCAAGCUAAACCACACACACAUGGGCCUUCUGUCCAUGGCCAACAUCGGGCCCAACACCAACGGCGCCCACUUCAGUGUCAUCAUGGGCGCCCCCCACCACCUGGACGGCCACUACACCAUCUUUGGCGAGCUCGUGGACGGGCAUCACGUGGCGCUCGCCAUCAACGCGCUGGCGCAUGGGCAGCCCAACAACGAGCACUCGGGCAGCAAGGACGCACAGGUGAUUGACAGCGGCCAGGUGCGGCGCGGCACCUAUUGGGACGACCCCACCUUUCAGGCCGUCAUCCAGCAGGAGCGGCAGCGCAUCAAAGACAGCCGGAACAAGCCCAAGCAGUGAUCGGACUGAUGGAUUUGGGAGCAGCUGGAGCUAGCUACGGAGCUGCGCUGGUGGCCCGAGAGGAGCGGGGAAAGCGCGUGGGUGUGGUGGCAUAGCAAGGCAGGUGACGGGGGGCAGGUGGCGGGAAGCGGGUGGCUAGAGCCGCACGGGCGGGGCAUGGGGGGGGGGGCACGGGGCGGUGCGGCGGUUCGAGGGAUGCGCGCGUCGGCGGGCAGGUCGUGGCAAUGACAGGGUGUGCGAUGGGACAGUGAUUAGGCAGGUUAAUGAAGUCCCGUAGGGUGCAGCUGAUUCCCAGACCCCAGAAGAUGGCAAACAAUUUGCAACGGCAGGACAGGAGUGGGUGUGGCAGGGUGUGACAGCGGCACAGCACUGGUGUCGGGGCCCGGCUGUUGCUAUAUAUCCGCCUGUCAUGUGGCUGAAAGGGUGGCGUUUGGGCAGCAGCAGGGGUUAUAGCCAACCGAGCUAGCUAGGUGAUUCACGCGCGUUGUUUUGUGUCCCGGACCGGAGAAAGAGUGAGUGGCUGGGGCCUGGUUCAUAGGAAUGCCGCGGUGCCGCCUGGCUGGUGGUGUAGGCGGGUGGCAACAGCAGAGGCCGGUUCUUACUUCCUGUCUAGUGCCUUGGGGUGGAAGGCGUGACAGCUAGAUUCAGCCGGUGGUGGACGAUACUGCAGGUGGUAUAACUUAGCCCCUGCGCCCAGCUCACCCGAAUGUGGUCGUUACCUGGUCGACACGCAUCUUGUAGGCGGGGUGCAUGGGACAUGAACAAGGGGUGUCAGCUUUGUACAGCUGGAAAAUGGGCUGAGCCCCAUGUAGCGCAAGGGGUUUGACGAUGGGCACCGGCGACAUUAACAGCAC